GGAACGGCGCAUCUAACGUCGCACUCGCCUCCUUUUUGGCUCCAUCGAGGUCGUUUCCUCUUUGGUUUGCUGCCGUGCGAAGGAAGAGGAAGAGAUUCUGAUUCCAUGGGCACUCCAGUCUCUUCUGCUGCCUUCCCUUCCGAAUGCCGUGGAGAUUCGACGCUGCCUUCCCCUGCCUUUUACCGCGCCGUUUAUUCCCAGAUUGAAGAGGUCGGUUGGGAGCACCUGAUGGGAGCAGCGGAAGAUCUGUCAUGUCUCACCUUCCGACUCUUAGAUAAGAAGGGACGAGUGCACAUAUUAGAGAUAUCAUUACCUUGUAACUAUCCCGAAUCUUCGCCUACUAUUGCUGCGGAUGUACCUUGUAUCAAUGAGGUGGUGUGGUCCGAAAAGUCAAGAUUGAAAGAUGUUGUGCAACAAUUUGAUGAGCAUUUGCAGAAGUUGCAGGAAUUUUGGUCUACCAUGGAUGACAUUGAUAGAGAUCUCUGUGUUGUUUAUCCGAAGGAAUCAUCUCUUGCAACAUCAUAUUGUCAGAUUGGACUUGGCAAUGACUGCUAUCUUUUAUUACAUAUCAGUACUUCAAGCCCAAGGUCUUUACCAGAGUGUCGUUUCUUUGGUCCAGACUCAGCUGUAGUUUUAAUGAGGAAUAACUGGAAGAAGAAUGCUAUAAAAUGGAAAGUUGACAAACCAUUCCACGAGAAUCUGGCAGCACUUUUGGAGAGAGAACUACCUGGCCCUCCUGUGAGCAGUAAAGAUGAUGGGCAAGUUGAUUGCGGAAUUUGCUAUGCUCAGUACUUGCCAGUUGACGAUGAACUUGGAGCUAACAGCGGAAGUGCACCGGACUAUACCUGCGAAAAUCCUAGUUGCAGUAAAGCUUUUCAUACCGUAUGCCUCAGAGAUUGGCUGCAUUCCAUUACAACAACGAGGAAGUCAUUUGAUGUUCUGUUUGGAGACUGCCCCUAUUGUUCUGAACCUGUCGCAGUUAAAGUUAAUAACUGACAUUAAUUCAGAGAUUAACAACUCAUUAUCUACCACAAGAAUGUGUCAGUUCUGGACUUGUGUAAGAGAGAGAGAGAGAGAGAGAGAGAGAGAUUUGUGCAUCAAAUUAUCCUUUUUGUUGCUUCGAUCGUCGGAUUACAUUAUACUUGUGGUGAUUACAUUAUAUGCAUUUAUCCUUUGUGGAUUCUGUGCCGUA